CAUUUAUACAAAACCUCGUUCCACUAUACAUAUCUAUGACAAAUAUGGCAUAAUGUGGCGGGGCUUGAGCAUGAGGACUCUCCUGAUUAUUUGUGUUUGCAUGACCAUACUCUACAACUCAAUCUCUGCAGAUUGUAACAAAGUAGCUGUUAGCAAUUCCCUGAUACGAGACAAUAAUUUGCCUGCGAAAGAGGAGGUGGUGUUUUAUUUGGUGACGCCAUGGUGGAUACCAUCUAUUCGGCCGUGGAAGCCCUGGGAUGUACGAACAUACCAAUUGCUUUUACUGGAAGUGGAUGGCCGUCUUAUGGAACUGGAGAUAAUGCUUAUGUUGCUACCAUGGAAAAUGCCCAGAUGUACAACAAUAAUCUAAUCAAACGUGUUUUGUCUAACAUAGGGACGCCCAAGAGACCUUGGAAAAGCAUGGAGGUUUUCAUCAUUGCUCUUUUAAAAGAGAAGAUGAAAGGAGGGGAUGAGACGGAGCGUCACUUCGGCCUCUUCUACCCGAAUAAAACGCUUGUGUACCCUGUAAACUUCUAUCAUUAAAUAUUAUCUAUUGUGACAUUAGAGUUGCACCAGGUGUCGCUAUAAGCGGAGAGGCGUUCAAUUUGUAUUGAAACAUCCCGUCAAUCUUCACCAGUUUGACAGCAAACUGUUUAGCAGGUUUAUAGGCAAGUAGAUGUUUCUUUGUUUGCAUAAAUAUGCAUACUUGAUGAGUACAAGUCCACCGAGUUCUUUGGCUGUUUUGGUCUCUAUUC